GCAGAGGCGGAGUUCUGGUCAGAAGGACUAUAUCAGGCCGGGCAGGAGAGGAGACAACGCAGAGGGAAGCAUCAGACUCCGACAUGAUGGAGCUUUAUCUCGACUUGGUUUCUCCGCCCUGCCGCUCUGUCUUUCUGUUUGCCAGAGCUCUCAAGAUUCCCUUUGAGUUUAAGCGUGUCGAUCUUGCUGCAGGGCAGCAGUACAGCCAGGAGUUUGGGGAAAUCAGCAUCGUGAGGAAGAUUCCUGUCAUGAAGGAUGGAGGCUUCAUUCUGACAGAGAGCACUGCCAUCCUGAAGUACCUGGUGCAGAAACACUCGGUUGCAGAUCACUGGUUUCCCGCCGACCUGCAGCAGCGAGCUCGUGCUAAUGAAUACUUGUCCUGGCAGCACAUGAACCUCAGAGCUCACUGCUCAAAGGUCUUCCUGCUCAAGGCUCUGUUUCCGAUCAUCAUGGACGCUGAGGUCCCGAAGGAGACGAUGGACGCUGCUCUGGAGAAUCUGAAGCAGUCGCUCAACCUGCUGGAGGAGAAAUUCCUCCAGAACAAACCCUUCAUCCUCGGCGACAAAAUCUCUGUGGCUGAUGUGGUGGCUGCAGUGGAGAUGAUGCAGCCUCUUGGAACGGGCGUAGAUGGGUUCGAAGGCCGUCCGAAGCUGAUCGCCUGGAGGGAGCGAGUGAAGAAGGAGCUCGGUGAGAAGUUGUUUGAAGAAGCUCACGAGAUGCUCAUGAAGUCCAGCAGCCUGCCACAGACGCUGAAGAGCAGCAGCAGCUUUGAUAAACUCAAACCAAUGCUGCAGAAGCUUUUCCGCUGAGGACCUUUCUGACUCCAUCAGACUGUUUUUGUCUCUGGAAAAGGUCCAGUAUGUCUUUACUGGGAUGUUUUCACACAUGAAGAAAUCACGAGCGUUUAACCAUCUGCACAUCGACAAAGAAAUAAAAAUAAAUUCACACCUGAUUUGAACUAAA